AUGGGGAAGAAAUUAGACAACACUAGUAGUAGCAACAAGGAAACAACUAAGGUUGAAGCUGUUCUAGAACUCAUCAGAAAACAAACUCCUCUCACUGUCAAACAGGAGAAGUUCUGUAACUAUGCUUGUGUGAAACGGUUUCUGAAAAUGAAGGGAGAUAAUGUGAAAAAAGCUGCUAAACAACUCAGAGCUUGUCUUUCAUGGAGAGAUACUAUUGUUACUGAUCAGUUGAUAGCAGAUGAUUUCUCAGCUGAAUUAGCUGAAGGAUUGGCUUAUGUGGCUGGUCAUGACGAUGAAUCCAGACCUGUUUUGAUUUUCCGCAUGAAACAAGACUAUCAAAAGUUGCAUUCUCAGAAACUGUUUUUCACUCGUUUACUGGCAUUCACAAUGGAAGUUGGCAUUUCAAGCAUGCCAAAAAACGUAGAACAGUUUGUGAUGCUUUUCGAUGCAAGUUUUUAUAGAUCGGCAUCUGGUUUUAUGAACUUGUUGUUGGGAUCGCUGAAAAUUGUGGGCGAGUACUAUCCAGGACGGCUAUGCAAGGUGUUUGUGAUUGACCCUCCGUCCCUUUUUGCAUACUUGUGGAAGGGUGUUCGUCCAUUUGUUGAGCUUUCAACGUGUACGACGAUAGUAUCAUCGUUGGAUUUCGAAGAAUCGAUGGACUACAACGAUUUCUCCGCCUACCCGCGAGCCUCAUCCCUCCGAUUCGAUCCAUCGACUAUCAAAUCAACGGCCAAGAUCGGUUCCUGCUCGUCUUCACGCUUCUCCUUCACAGUUUCCCAUCAGCUUGACUCACUGAAGCCAUGGUACCUAAGCUUAGGCGACACGUCGGCAUCAAAAGUGGGACCCACUAGUCCCUCUCCAGCGUCAUUGAUCUCACCACUCAACGCUCGCUCGUUCUCGUUCGCAUCUCCAGUCGCACGAAACCCGCUGGGCCCGCCAGCCAGCAGGAAAGGUCUCUUCCCUUCAACUCCACUGCCGCAGCGCGUCACGGUUCCUCACCGGACUACUUCCUCCUUCCUCCAAUCUCCGGCGACGUUUUUCCGGCGAGACAACGGAAAGGUGGAGAGAGGCCGAGAAUCAUUUUUCCCGUACGUUAAAUUCUACAGAAGACCGUACGAUGAAAUGGUUUAUAGGUCAAAGAUGAGGCCACCACUCGGUGGCUUAGUUUCCAUUGUUUCAACUCACGUUAGACGGCGUCACAACCACCUCUCAGUUUCUCAGCGUUUCUAA